AUGGCCUCCCUCAUCAAGCACUUUGGUCAGCCACACCAUCUAUCAUUACAGAGGAUAGCCGAGCUGAUGGACGAGCCAAAUAUCCGUUCCGGUGACACGGCAGGAUUCAGGAAGUUUGCUCUGAGAGUCCGAGCGUUAGUCGGUAUGCUGGAGCAGCUCGGUCAAGAUGGACACAUAGAGUUACAGUGUGGAUCGCAUGUCGCAAGACUCACCAAGAAGCUACCCCAAGACCUCCGAGCUGCCUUCCGCCGCUACCUCUACCCACAAAACAAUGGUGUGCCAUCACUGAGAGACUUUGCAGAAUGGCUGGAGUAUGAGCUAAUCAUACAAGAGGGCGAAGAUCGAGGUGGCAAGGUUGAAGACCACUUCCGAGACAAGAGUAGCAUGAAACGAGAUCAUCGAUCUAUUAAGAGGAGUACAACGGUGUUGUUAGGCGCCACCCAGAACAGUGCCGUACAAGAGGCCCAAGCCACGCCCACUUCAGAGAGCCAAGAGAAGCCCAAAGCGUACUGUCCCUACUGCGCUAACACCAUGCACUUUCUGGAUCAGUGCUCUAACUUCCAGCUGUUGACCAAAGAGCAAAAGACCAGCUGGGUGAAGUCAAAGAACCGCUGCUGGCGCUGUGGGCGGGGCCAUCAAGCCGCUCAGUGUCGACUUCGAGUUCAAUGCAAGACAUGCAGAGGAAAGCAUCUCGAGGCCCUGCACGAAGUGAAUGUUCGACCAGCUGCACCCAGUAGCACAAACCUAACGCUAACAGAGUCCAAACCAACGACAGAUGUUCUCUACUUGGAUCGUCGAGCGGGGUGCAACCAAGUGCUCCUAAAGACAUGUAAAGUUCUGCUGCGGAACGGUGAGCACACAUUAGAGACAUUCGCCAUACUCGACGAUGGGUCUGAGAGGACUAUCUUACUGCAGGAAGCCACCCAGAAGCUACAGUUAAACGGGACCCCAGAGAAUCUCCUGCUACGCACCCCUGGGCGGUCGUCCCUGAUCAGCAGUAAGAAGCUUGGAGACUCCGGCAGCAGAGGGAGCGUCAGGAGCUGCAGCAGCGAUGUCACUCCACUGAAGCUCAGGAGCCACGGCCAGAGGAGCUCCCUGAGGGCCAGAGGUCCCCAGGAGCUCACUGAGGGCCAGAGGUCCCCAGGAGCUCCCUGA